GUUUGAAACGGAGAACGCGCCUUCUCUCGUGUAGCGAUGUCGACGUUGGCCGCUUUUGGCAAGCUCCCGACGCUUAACUCCGCCACCAUUUUGAUGGUGGGGACAAAUGAUGCUUUGCUGCAGCAGCUUGCAGAGACCCUUCUUAAAGAAAAACAAGAUUUAAAAAUAAACAUCCACUUGACAGACUCUCUUCCUUUACCCGCGGAGAGAGAUCACAUCCGACCUAGGAUUGAUCUGAUUGUCUUUAUGAUUAACAUUCAAAGCAAAUACAGUUUUAAAGAGAUUGAGGCAUCAUUGGUGCAUGUAGAUGCCAACUUUUUCCUUGGAAAAGUGUGCUUUCUGGCAAUGGGUGUUGGCAGAAUGAAUCGAAUCAGUGUGGAUGUGAAUGCUAUCUUGAAGUUGGCAGAUCGUUACUGUAGCCCUGUUCUAUUUUGCGAGCUAGAAUGUGAGAACAUCAGAAUUGCCACAGCUCAGAGACUGCUCCGGAUGUUGCAAAUAUGUGCUGGUCAUAUGUCAGGGAUAACUGCCCUCUCCUUCAGUUCCUUAAUGAAAAGCUCCAUUGAUGAUUCCAGCUUCAUGGCAUAAAGACAUUCCUUUUUUUUUUUAGUUUUACUUUCAGUGGUUUCUGAGUGAACUGAAUGUUUCAGGAUUUUUAAAAGGAAGCAACAUCACUCGUUAAAGUUAGAGCUCAUAAUGACACAUGCACCCCCCCCCCUCUCUGUGUCAGAAAUAAGGUUUAAAUUUUAAAUUUAAUGUCGGGCAGGAGAAUUAGAAAUGAAGGUUAAGUAGCCUCAAAGCAGCCAAAUUGGUCCCAGGGAUUAUUACCGAUUUGUUUGCUUUCUAGAUGUGCAUAUUGUUUACCCACAUGUAUGUUUGGCUUAGAGGGGAAUAUUUAAUACCAUGUGUUCAGAAACCAAGUCCUGUAUAGAACAAGCAAUCAAAUGGCCAGAAGAUAGGCAGAGGUAAGGCAGGUAAAUGUAAAGCUAUGUUGAGUCCCAGAACUGAUUGAUGGGGUAAGCCAUUUAGUUCCAGAAGUGCAGCUUCUGGUUGGCAGCUCCAACUAAAUAGAAGGGGUUGCCAUUCAGAGGUUUUGAGCACCAGCAUAAAGAGGAGGAAGUCUCCCUACAGUGUUGCACACCAAAAUAUGCUGUGAUUAUAAUAGACUAAAAAUGAUGCUUUGUUGAAUAAAGCAGUGUCUUAAUGACAAAUUGGACAAAAAGAGCAGAUAAUUUUGCUAAUCGUAGAGAAAGGAUCGAUAGAUGCACCUAUCCGGUCAGUUGUUCAAUCAGCAUAAAUAAUAUGUGUAUUUGACAAUGUUUCUGCAGAAUAGAGAACUGAUAGUACAAUAGUUUCAAUCACUCCUAGUACCAGAAUAUGGGUGGAUUGAGAAUCAAGAUGCACAUUUUAAUCUAGGAUGAACAUUUGAAUAGUUUGAAAAGGAGUGCGAAUAGUAUAGAAACUCCUAGAAAAAGUGUGCAUCAAAAAUGAAAUACUUUCUUUUUCCCCUUAAAAAGGGGUUUAGCUUUCCCACCUGAACAGUUCAGGUUAAUGAUUGGAACUUUAAAUUAUGGUUAGCUUUAGAAUUGUGUUUGCUUUAGCAGCAGGUAGAGACAGCUUUUGUCUAACUGCUGAAGGUAUAGUUGCAAGACAUGCUUACAUUCUGCUCUGUAUAUGAAGAGGUGGGCUUAUUUCUAGACUUGGAUCCUACAAAUCUGAUUGUGAAUAAUAUUUGUAUUUUAAAUUAAUAUGAUGUCA